GGACAGUAUGGCUACGAAGUUAAAUCGAGUGACCGAGGACAUGAAAAUUGUUAAGGAUACAUUUGUCCGAUGGCGGCUAACCUUUCGGGAGUUUGCUAAAAAGGACAAUUGCAACAAAAACAUGCAAAUGGAGUUUUUAUCAAAGUACGCCAUGGAAAUUAACACUGCAUUUGCCACAAUCCUGCGCUUGUCGGAAAUUCGCGAUGCAGUCGCACAAUUUUCUAGGAUAACCAGUAAAACACUUGUGGGAUACGAUUCACUUCCGCCCUAUAUCAAUCGUCAAGUGGCGGACAGAUUGGAAACGGAUCCCUCCCUUAUAGUUACAAAACAAUUGUUAGAUGAAGGCGUUCCACUUCUUAUGGAACCUAUGGUGGAUUUUACGCUUUUGGACGAAGGCAAAAAGCUCUCUGUAUCCCAAAGUAAGUUAGAAGCCACUAUGCUUUUCACACUACCAAUUGUUACUUCGGUACAACACAUGUGUACUAUAGAAAACCUUACCCCCUUAAAAUUUAACGUAUCCAACACUUGUUUCACCGGCCCAGUUCUUCAGCGUAAUCUACUACUAAUCACAUGUAAAAAAAAUCAAAUGCUGGUCACUGAUGCCAUUCUAUCAAAGUGUAUGACAAACAAUGAGUUUGUUCUGUGCCCCACUAACCUUCUUAAUGUCGUUCAAAAUCCAAACUGGUUGGGGUUCCCUUGGUCUCCAUACUCUCACAUGGCUUAUCCACGACACCACAUACCGUCAAAGAACUGUGACGGCCUGAAGGAAAUUCACCACAUCGGCGGACGUUACUUCUUGUCUGCAACCUCGGGGACGUUGACCACAAACAAUGGUCCCAUGCGUGUGACACCUCUGGCGGUAUUUCAUUUACCCUGCAACGUAUCCUUCGAGAGCGCUACGUCCGGUAUCGGCGAAUGCCCACAGCGUAUGGAAAUCGAAUUACCGAUUUUUGGAGAGACACAUCUCUAAUAUACCUCUUGGAAGUCGGUAAUGGACGAUAAACAAUUAGAUCUUCACUUCCGUACGCUUAUCAUUCCGCCGGUCACCGUCAUGAACCACUCCAUUCUUCGUGGGCUAGACGAGACGUACCGAGUGCUCGAUCGACAAUUCACGGCACAGAUUGACAAACUCCACGGCGACAUCGAUGCCAUCAGCGAGGUUGAGGUCAACACAAUCAACGAGAUCCUACUAUACAGUUCAGUAGCUGUCUCACUGUUGAACUUCGUCCUUCUUGUGGCAUACGCUUGUUAUCAUCAUGGUGUUUUCGAGCGCCUCAAGCAUCAGCGCCACACGCCCCCCAAACGCUCUUUACCUCCACACGAACCUCACUUUGAGUUGGUACCGCCACUCAAGAAACCACGCUGCGAGUCGGAGGAAGACGACGAAGAGGAGCAUGACCUCAAGCGACCGUCCGUCGUUGACGACACAGAGCUGGUACACCCCACGGAACCUCUCAGAGCAACUUACGCUUAACCAGCCACUUAAACACCUCCACCCGGAUGAACUGAGUUCAUGCGGCGAGAUCGCUUGAAUUCCGGCUAGGAAAACGGACACUCUCUCGCUCUGUUAUUUACGGCCUCCAAUUCAACUAAGCCAAAGGAGACUACUUUCUCUUUACUUAUUACUUUCUGUUGCUCGGAUACAAUAUUCGUUUACCUUUCAACUUGGUAAAUAUUUCAUGUUAUAAAAAGUGUUUUCAAUCACACUGUAAAAUUUAUUCUUAGUUUUUUUUUUCAACAGAAAGUCAUUUUUCUAGUUCUCUUUGGUGAAUUUGGAGUUAUUUAGCUUGCCGUAGCAGUCAAAAGCACUCACGCUUUAUUAUAAUCAUAUUCAAAUUAGGAUAUAUUUACUCAGGGCUUUCAAAAACAAAACAAACAAAAAAAUUAUAUACACAUUGAUUUUCAAUUUUUCUUUUAUCGGACAUCUUCUCUAGUUUAGCAUGAAUCAUUUACAUGAUAUAUCAAAUUUUCAAGCGGGGACGCUUGUCUUCAAAGGGGGAGGCCAUGUUAUGAUAGGUUAUGUUAGAAUGAAUCCGUAUUUUGUUAAUUGUAGUAAGCAAAUAGACAAAGUUAAGAUAUUUGCUCUAGCUAAAAGGGUUGUUCAAGGUUGAGAGUAUUCUUGAGGCAUUGAUAGUUUUUGUUGAUUUAGCUUGAAUAGGAAGUUGUUCGCUUAAUUAGCGACAUAAUGACUUUUAUCGGGUCGUACCAUGUUUUAGGUACUUAUCUGUCUUCAACUUUCCAUUAAGUUGGUAAACUUACAAGUCUCUGUUUAUAUAGUUUCCUUUAGAUGUCGUACGUUAAUUGUCGGUAUCAUUAGCACAGCACGUAGGAUCGCCCACACUCAAGUAGGAGGUGCUUAGCUCUGCAGUGUUGGCAAUCUGAUUAACUAUGCUAAUCAAAGUCAGCAAACAUCACACCUACGCUACUUGAGCGACCAGUUCUUUCCCCUUCCAUUCAAUAACUUUCGAUUACAAGUUACAUAUUUGUUUCUCCAAAGUUACCUUAUGACCUUUCCUACCUACUCCCUUAGUUUCAUGGCAAAGGACAUUCGUUUUGUAUCCUUAAAUUCUUUUCAAAGCUUUCCUUUGUUACCGCUAAUUUUGCCGACGGUUAAUGAUAUCUGAUGUAACUGUUUGCAUUGUCAAGUACCGUCCAAUCACCGCAUUCUGCACACGUGGUCAGUGCUUGUCAAUCAAACGUACUACUUGUUUUACUACAAAUAGGACCGCAUUGUAAUUCCUCAUUACCUCUUCGUACCACUGACUCAGAAUAAAGGUACGACUCCGGUCUACAGAAGUCCUCCCGUCUAAUCAUUACAACACUUUGCACAUCAUAAACCCAGAGCCUUUUUUUGCCAAUGAAAAUAACAAGCUUAGUUAACAACACGCACGUCCCAGUCCUCGUUAUAGACCAUGAAGACAUAACGAGCCCCAGCUUCUUAGCUCCAGCAACGUGCGCUGGAUCCUGCAGAGAUUGUCCGUCUCGCGUACCAUCUCGACGGGGGGCACCCUGGUUUCUAGUAAUGAAAACAUUCCUGCCCAACACAUAGGCUGUCGUAAUCUCUAAGUGUGAGAAAAUGUGUAAAUGCAAGGAAUCUCUAGUCCAUUGCCAGCUCCACGAUUUAUCCUUUCUCCAGAAAUACCCAGAGGUCCUGGCGGCUUAGCCUGCUCGCAGGCGGUACUACUCGGUGUUAUCAUCACGAAAAACCCGAACUGAUUGAAAGCAGGCUACUGAGGCUCGUACCCAAAUACCUUGAAAUACUAAUUCUUCUUGGUUUACAUGAGCGUGGAAAUAGACACAAAGAUGAAGAUUUAUAUGUUUCAACUGCUUUAUCUGUUAUCUGUGUGCACCAAAGACACUCGUUCUUCUAAAAUCGUCGCGAUCCCCGUGUAUGGGCAAAGUCACUACAGAGUAGUAGAGAAACUUUCGCAAGAGCUCAGGUCGCGGGGACACGAAGUUAUUGUCUUCAUAGGUGAUGGUGUUAAGUAUGGAGAUGUCAAAAGCCACACAAAGCGUUUCAAACUAACAGAGGAGUUUAAAGAAAUGAAAUCCAAACAACAAGAAUGGCUUACUUCAAGUUAUCUCAACAGCAAUAAAAAACUGGCAUUGUUUGACCAUUUAUUCUGUGAUGCUCUACUGAACGACUCGCGCAUACACGCCGAGUUAAACACUGCUGACCUAGUGCUCUCAAACUUGGUAUUCAACUGUGGGAGCUUGGUUGCCGAUAUGAUGGACAUUCCUCUCGUCACUGUCUCCACACUUGAGCUCACAGUGUAUAAUACUGAAAUGUACGGGAUUCCCGCGUGUCCAUUGUCCUAUGUCCCGCAGUACUCCUCAGGGCUGAGUGGAGAUAUGGGGGUCUGGGAUCGAGUUAAAAAUCUUGGAAUGUAUGCAGCUAACUUGUGGAUAAAAGAAGCUUAUUUCUACCCGGGAUAUGACGAGCUGAAAGCCAAAUACCGAAUUAAGCCAGAGAAGACGAUUCGUGAAAGUUUGAUGACCGUGAGCUUGAUUCUAAUGGAAGCGGACUUCGUCUUGGCGCAUGCGCAACCGCUACCCCCAUUCGUAAAAGAAGUUGGAUUCCUUACACCAAGUCCUGCUCGGCCCCUUCCGGCUGAUCUGGAGAAUUUCAUGCAUGGGUCUGGUGACGAAGGCGUGGUUCUUGUGUCGUUCAGCACUUAUAUGGAUGAUAUGAACCAGAAUGUGCUAGACAGGCUGAGUUCUGCGUUCAGAAAAAUCUCUCACAAGGUUUUGUGGAAGGUUGAUGAAGGAUCUUACCCGAACUCCGUGAGCGACAACGUAAAGUUAGUUGAAUGGAUGCCACAGAACGACAUUCUCGGGCACAACAAAACCAGGCUGUUUAUCACGCACGCAGGGGCUCAUGGGAUGGCUGAAGCGGGGUAUCAUGGGGUCCCUGUGGUGGCGAUGCCUAUUUUUACAGAUCAGCCAGAUAACGCACGCAUGCUCAGUGAUGUUGGCAUGGGUGUGGUACUCGAUAUCAACACGGCCACUUCCGAAGACGUGAUCAGUGCUGUCACAGAGGUCAUAACUAAUCCAAGUUACAGGCUCAAUGCGGCACGUGUUUCCCACAUAUUGAAAAGCCGUCAGCGUGCGCCGGUGGAGGAAGCCGCUGACCAUGUAGAGUACGUGCUGGCCGCUGGUCACGUGACCCACUUGAAGCCUCGGUCCCAGUCCAUGCCGUUCUACCGUGUCUACAUGCUCGACGUCAUGGCCGUGCUAGGGCUCGCUCUAGCCAUCGCUAUGUGUGUAUUUGCAGCUCUAGUUAGAGUAGUUUUCUGUUAUUUGUUGAAGAAAACAAAGGAAGACUAAGAUUUGUCUUUAAAUACCGGACAGUUUAAAGACUGAUCAUUUGUAAGAAUGAAGGUAAUAAAAGCUGGCAUAAAAGUG